GAGAUUUGGGCGAAUUCAAACUAAGUGUAUCUAUUUACACAAUUAUCAAUUUAACUAAACAAAAUAUCUAUUCCCCAUUCAGACACAAACUCAUUUAAAACCUCUUCUCUUUAUUUCUUUCCCUUCUCUUACCCACUCUCUAUUUCUUCAUCAACGAAGAAGAAAACACUGCAAAAUGAAAAACUAUUCCCGCUUAUUCAUCCUCUUCAUACUACCGCUAAUCCUUCUUCUCUCCGCCACAAAAGCCCAAGCUCAAGCCCGAAACCAAACCAACGACUUCACAGAUCCCAAUUUCAACCAAUUCAGCCCUUCCUUUGCUAUAAUCAUAGUCAUCUUAAUCGCUGCUCUUUUUCUCAUGGGCUUUUUCUCCAUCUACAUCCGUCGCUGCUCCGACUCACCUUCAACCAACGCCGGCCUCCCCGUCAUGCACGGCCGUUUAGGUAUCACUACUCGUGGACUAGAUUCUUCAGUAAUCGAGACUUUCCCGAUUCUCGAAUACUCCGAAGUCAAGAUCCAUAAGAUCGGAAAAGAGGUGCUCGAGUGCGCUGUUUGUUUAUGCGAGUUCGAAGACACCGAAACGCUGCGUUUGAUUCCCAAGUGCGAUCAUGUUUUUCACACGGAGUGUAUCGACGAGUGGUUAUCUUUGCAUACAACAUGUCCAGUUUGUCGCGCGAAUCUCGUUCCGGAACCCGCUGAGUCAGUUCACGGUGUUCCCGAGUCAAACAACGAGUCACAACAACAAGAUAUUGAAGCUCAAAACGACGCCGUUGAAGUACCGGCAGAGGAACGAAACGCGGAAGCUGAUCCAGUUUUGGUUCCUCCGGAGGUGAUUUCGUUGGAGAAAACGCUGAACAGGAAUCGAACGCGUGGAUCUCAAUCGAACCGUGCGCGUCGUUUUCCGAAGUCGCACUCGACCGGUCAUUCGUUGAUUCAACCGGGUGAGAACACGGACCGGUUCACUUUGAAACUGCCCUUUGCGGUGAGGAAACAGUUAAUGAACCGGCAGUUACAACGGACGAGUAGUUUGAUUAUGUUACCACGAGAAAGUAGCUCGAGGCAUGGUUACCGAACCGGUGAAGGAAGUAGUAAAGGAAAAAGUUCGAGCUGGGUGGACCGGAGUUUUAAAUCAGACCGGUGGGUUUUUACUAGAGCACCGUCGUUUUUGGCUAGAGCAUUGUCGUUUAGGUCUCCAAAGCCAAAGGUCAAUAAUAGCGACGAUGAAGGAACUUCUUCUGCUACUGCUCCUAUCAUGCCGUCAUCUGCCGUUGACUCUGCCCGCCGUUAAAUCCUUUGAGGAAACAAGCUGUGUUUAAUUUGCACCGUCCAAUUCUGCGGUUUUAUUUACGCCGUCCAAUCUUACGGCGGAGUAUUUUAUCAGGAUUGGACGGGGAAUUUGUGCAUUCGACCAUCAGCCACCGGAGGCAUACAGGUCCGAAAUUUGACUGUGCUUUGAAUUUUGGGUUUUUUUCUUGUUUAAAUCUAACUGUUUCUACAGCAGCACCACAUUAUAUUUAUAUUUUAUAUUUUUUUUCAAUUUCUAAAUUUGUACAGUUUUUUUAUACUAAUAAGUUAGCACGGUACAAAUAUUUA